AUGUCUCAAAAACAAACUAAACCAGCUGCUGCCACCAAAGCUGCUCCAGCCAAAACCGCUGUUGCCACCACCAAAUCAAAGAAAGUCGUCAAGAAGGGUGAAAAGAAAAUCAAAACUAGAACCUUAUUCAACGCCUUAUACACCAAAAACGUCAAAAACUUUGGUACUGGUUUCGGUGUUCAACCAAAGAGAGAUUUAACUCAUUUCACUCACUGGCCAAGAUACAUCAAAUUACAAAGACAAAGACGUGUUUUAUUAAAGAGAUUAAAGGUUCCACCAACAAUCAACCAAUUCACCCGUGUCUUUGACAAAAACACCGCUGUCCAUUUAUUCAAAUUAUUAGAUAAAUACAGACCAGAAGAAGCCUCAGUCAAGAAAGCUAGAUUAUUGAAAAUCGCUGAAGCCCGUGCUGCCACUCCAAAAGGUCAAGCUGCUCCAAAAGCUGAAAAACCAGUCCAACACUUACGUUUCGGUAUUGACUCUGUCACCAAAUUAAUCGAAAAGAAGAAAGCUAAAUUAGUCGUCAUUGCCCACGAUGUUGACCCAGUUGAACUCGUCUUAUACUUACCAACCCUCUGCAGACGUAUGGAUGUCCCAUACUGUAUCGUCAAAUCUAAAUCCAGAUUAGGUGAAUUAGUUCACAUGAGAAACGCUUCAUGUGUUGCCCUCACUGGUGUCAACUCUGCUGACUCAAACGAACUCGCUUUAUUAGUUGAAUCCGCCAAACAAAUGUUCAACAAUAACAGUGAACACAGAAAGACCUGGGGUGGUAACACUUUAUCUGGUCCAGCUCGUGCUAUCUUAGCCAAACGUCAAAAAGCUGAAGCCAAAGAAAGUUUAGCCAAAUCAAAGAUCUAA